CUUCUCUCUCUGUCUCUGGUAAUUUUUUUUUUGUUUGGGGGACAGUAGGCUUCUUCAGUUCUUCUAUCCGACGCCCUUCCUCUUUCUCGUACUCCUCUCUCCGCGUCGCACCUUAAUCAUCUGUAUCGCUGUCUGUAUCACACGCUCCCGGAGGUAUGCGCUCUUCCUUUAUCGUACACCUCCCUCCCCCUCCCCCAUUCCUGAUCAUUCCUUCCAAGGCUAGAUUUUCGCUUCUCCGCCAAACCCUAAUUUGAAACCCGAUUCGUUUUGUAUUAGUGUUCGAGCGAUAAGUGUUGCGUUCAGAUUGUGCAUUUCCUUUCGUUUGUUAAUGUGGUUCCUUUUUUUGUUUGUGGGUCAUUUGAUCAGGGCUAGAAGGAGGUCCUACUCGGGAUUUAGCAGUUUGAUCUGUAGAGCUAUAACAGAGGGAAGUAAGGAACAGUAUUUUCUUCUGUUGUUGGGGUAUAUUUGUUUUAGGUUAGUGGUGGUUUGUUAUUUGAUGCGUGGGCGGCGAUCUGAAUCCGCCGUACUGCUGAAUAGUCUGGGUCGGACCCUGAGAUGGCCAAUCCCGGAGUCGGGACUUCCAAGUUUGUGUCUGUAAAUCUGAACAAGUCUUAUGGCCAUCAACAACAGUACCACCACAGUACCCAGUAUCAUUCGGGCUCUUCUUACGGGGCCAAUCGGGCUAGGCCUGGGGGUGGCGGAGGAGGAGGGAUGGUUGUGCUUUCACGCCCUCGUAGCUCACAAAAGACUGCUGGGCCGAAGCUUUCUGUUCCACCCCCCUUGAAUCUACCCUCACUCAGAAAGGAACAUGAGAAGUUUGAUUCUGUAGGGGUGGUUGGAGGGCAUGCUGGCACUGGCUCUGGAAAUGGUCCCCGGCCUAGUUCUUCUGGCAUUGGUUGGACCAAGCCUGCAGCUAGCCAGCAAGAGAAAGAAGGGUUGGGUGCUGGUGGAGGCGAUGGUUCAGCUCAUAAUAAUGCAGGACAGAACCUUGUUAUUGAUCAAGGAUCAAGUGAGGCAGUUAAUGGGUUUAGCAAGGCCCGUGUAUACACGCCGCCUUCUGCACCCCCGAGGGUUUCAGCAGCAUCUGCUCCUACUCAAGGUUAUCCUGUAGCUGAAAAAGUGACAAUGUUGAGAGGUGAGGAUUUCCCUUCCUUACAAGCAGCAUUGCCUGUCAAUACAGGUCUUGAAAAGAAGCAGAAGGAUGGCUUUAGUCAGAAACAAAAACAGAUGCAGGGUGAGGCAACUGGUCAUCGAGAAGUGGACAGUUCUGUUAUGAGCAGCCGUGUCGACAUGCGCCCACAAUUUCAGUCUGGAAGUAAUGCUGGCAGUGGGGUUGGAGAAAGUAAUGGUUCAAAUCGUGGUUUGAGUGGUUCGGUUAUUUCAGGAAAUGACCGUAGGCAGGAGGAUUACUUUCCUGGACCCUUGCCAUUAGUUCGGCUGAAUCCCAGGUCAGAUUGGGCAGAUGAUGAACGUGAUAUAGGGCAUGUAGUGUCAGAGAGGGGCAGGGAUCAUGGGUUCCCUAGGGGUGAAGUUUACUGGGAUAGGGAUUUCGAUUUCCCAAGACCUAGUGUCCUACCCCAGAAACCAUUGCAUACUAAUAACUUUGACCGGAGGAUACAACGUGACAAUGAAACUGGAACCAUCUCGUCCAGUGAAGUCGUAAGGGUAGAUGUUCCUAGCAGAAAUCUGAGAUCCUCGAGCAUUGAUGGACGAGAAGGGAACUCAUGGAGAUCUUCCUCAUCUCUUUCUAAAGAUGGAUAUACUGGACAGGAGCAUGGCAAUGAUAAAAAUAAUAAUUUUCGUGGUAAAAUAUCUACUCUAAACGGAGAUACUACUAGGGACAACAAGUAUGUGUCGUCACAUUCCUAUGCUGAUAUGGGAAGGAAGGAUGUAGGAUAUGGGCAGGGAAUGAGACAGCCUUGGAGCAGUUCAUCUGAGUCAGCUGGUAGUCGAGGGCCUGAAUGGAUGCAUCGAGACCGAUCAGGAAACGAGCAUCAUAACCGAUACAGAGAUGACACUCACCACAAUAGUUUCACACAGAAAUCAUCAUUCUCUUCUGGUGGUAAAGGAAUCUCCGUUAAUGAUCCCAUACCGAAUUUCGGAAGGGAGAAACGGUCGUUCUCAAAAAGUGAGAAGCCUUAUCUAGAGGAUCAUUUCAUGAAGGAUUAUGGGGUGGGUUUUGAUGGACGAGAUCCACUUUCUGGCGCUCUUGUAGGGCUUGUAAAGAAGAAGAAGGAUGUCGUUAAACAGACUGAUUUUCAUGAUCCUGUUCGAGAUUCUUUUGAGGCUGAACUUGAGAGGGUUCAGAAGAUGCAGGAACAGGAGCGUCAGCGGAUAAUUGAAGAACAGGAAAGGACUAUGGAGCUAGCUCGUAGAGAAGAAGAGGAAAGGAUGCGGAUAGCCAGAGCACAAGAAGAACAACAGAAGCGAUUGGAAGAAGAAGCAAGAGAAGCUGCAUGGAGGGUGGAACAUGAGCGGUUGGAAGCCAUUCGAAGGGCAGAAGAACUAAGGAUAGCCAGAGAGGAGGAUAAGCGAAGGUUUCUUCUGGAGGAGGAGAGGAGGAGACAGGCUGCGAAGCAGAAGCUUCUGGAAUUGGAGGAAAGGAUGGCUAGGAGGAAUGCUGAGGGGGCAGAAGGUGUGAAUAAUUGUUCUUCGGGUGGUGUUGAUGAAAGCACAAUGGAGACGGCGGAGGAAACAAGUGCUUCCAAGUUGGGAGAUAUGAGUGACUGGGAAGAAGGUGAAAGAAUGGUGGACAGGAUCACUACAUCAGCUUCUUCUGAUUUGCCUGGCAUGAAUAGGCCAUUUGACUUGGGUUCAAGGCCUUACUUUUCUAGAGAAAGCUCUUCGGUAUUUAUGGACCGAGGGAAGGCUAUGAAUCCGUGGAAGAGAGAUCCAUUCGACAAUGGUAACACCUCAGCCUUCAUACCACAGGACCAUGGAAAUCAUCAUAGUCCUAGGCAAGAUAUUUCUGGAGGCAGAGGCUUUCCUAAAAGGGAAUUUUAUGGUGGACCUGGUUUACUGCCCUCAAGUGCUUACCCUAAGGGAGGGAUCCUUGAUCCCCCAACUGAUGAUUUCGGUCAAUUUAAAGGUCCAAGAUGGAAUACAUCUGGUGAAGGAGAUCGUUAUAGCAGAAACUUAGAGACUGCACCUGAUUUCAGUGAGAACUUUGCGGAGAGAUUUGGUGAUGAGGGCUGGGGAUAUGGUCGACCUCGUGGUAAUUUUUAUCCGCCAUACCAUGAGCGAGUUUACCAAAGCCCGGAGUCGGAUGGCCUUUAUCCGUUUGCUAGGCCAAGGUACUCUAUGAGGCAGCCUCGGGUGUUACCACCCCCGUCUAUUAGUUCAAUGCAGAGAAGUGAUUUCAGGGGGGUGAAUAAACAUUCCGGAGCUUCCUCUCUCGUUGAAAGUGAGAGACAGUACAGUCAAGGUGCUCGAGAUGAAGUUACCAUGCAACCAAGGUAUGACAGCAGUUACACAGACAAUCUCAGUGGAGCUGAAGCAUUUGGUACUCUGCAAGAUACACGGGAUAAUGAGGUUGAGAAACUUGAGAGAAGUGCAGAGAUAUGUGAGUCACAGUCUUCACUGUCCGUUUCCAGCCCUCCUGAUUCUCCAGUUCAGCUCUCUCAUGAUGAGUUGGAUGAUUCUCUUGGAUCUCCUGUAUCCACCAGUAAAGGGAAAGAUGAAGCCUUGUUGAGAGAUAUGAAGGAAUCUACAGCCUUGCCUACAGAUGUUGAGAAAGAUAACACGAUAAGUGGCACGAGCGUCAUGUCCACUGGAGAUGAUGAAGAAUGGGCAAUUGACAACGAUCACCAGCUACAAGAGCAAGAAGAAUAUGAUGAAGAAGAUGGUUAUGGCGAGGAAGACGAAGUGCAUGACGGUGAAGAGGACAAUAUCAACUUGACUCAAGAGUUUGAAAGUUUGCAUAUGGAGGAGAAAGAUUCCGCUGACAUGGUUCAAAACUUAGUGUUGGGUUUCAAUGAAGGGGUUGAGGUUAAGUUGCCAGAUGAUGAGCUAGAAAGAACCUCUGGAAAUGAUGAAGCUAUGUUUCUCGUAUCACAGGUUCCUGUUGAAAGUACGGAUGCCCUGGGUUCCUGUCCUGGACAGAGUACUCAACCGGUGGAUAGUACUUCUCAUAGUAAUGCUGAGUGUUCUUCGAGAAUCUUCCAGGACACUGAAAAGGGUUUGCAUGUUUUAGCAAUUCAAUCGACAAGUUCUCCCCAGUCCGUAGCAGCUUCUGAGCUGGCUAACCAGCUGGAUCCUUCUAAUACCGCUGGUUUAUCUACCCAGCCCCAGGUCCUUUACUCUGCAGCUCAGACUUCUACAUCCUCUGUUCCUCCUGCUUCAACUCAGCCCGAGGUGCCUGUUAAGCUUCAGUUUGGUCUGUUUUCAGGUCCUUCUCUUAUACCAUCACCUGUCCCAGCUAUACAAAUUGGCUCCAUUCAGAUGCCUCUUCAUCUGCAUCCCCCAGUUGGUCCAUCUCUGAGUCAUAUGCACCCAUCACAGGCUCCCCUCUUUCAGUUUGGCCAACUGAGGUAUACAUCUCCUAUUUCACAGGGGAUUUUACCUUUGGGUCCACAAUCCAUGUCCUUCAUUCAACCAACUGUCCCUUCCAAUUUUUCUUUGAAUCAGAACAUGGUAGGUUCUUUACCUCUACAGCCUGGUCAAGAUGUUUCAGCUCAGAGCUUUAUUAAAAGUGAGGCUAUGUCUUUAUCAAUGGAUAACCAACCAGGCAUCACGCCGAGGCAAUCAGACUUGUCACAAGGUAUAUUGUCGAAAGACAAGGGUAACAUUGUUGGUAAUGUACAGCAGAGCUGUGGAGAUCCUUCCCAAUCAAUUGACAUAUUUCCGAGACCCGAGCCAUCUUUGCAACUGGAAGAUUCAUUUGUGAAAAGUUUACCACGAACUGGAACUGUGUUCUCUCGGUCAGUUUCAAAAGAAAAAGAUCAUCCUAGUAUGUCAAGGGGUGCAGGGGUUAGUACAUCAAGUGGGAGAGGAAAAAGAUACAUCUUCCAAAUGAAAAAUUCUGGCCCAAGAUCAUCAUUUCAAACUCCUGAAGCCUCUCGUAUAGACUCUAAUGUGGGUUUCCAGAGAAGACCUCGUCGCCAGAGAACUGAAUUUCGAGUUCGGGAAAGUUUUGAUAAAAAGCAAUCUAUUGGGGUGGUUUCAAUGCAAGAUGACAGGUCUAACAUCAUUGGUAGGGGAGGUGGAGCAAGAGGUGGUUCCAGGAGGGUGUUUAUCUCAAAUAGACAACCAAAACAAUCAGGUGAUUCAGAAGGCUUCACUUCUCGGCCUGUUGUUAGCACACGAGAAGUAGAUCCUGGAAACAGGGCUGGGAAGGCUGCCAGUGGAAAAGAGCCUCUAAGAAAGAGUCAGAACAUUUUGCAUUCUGGAGAAGAUGUUGAUUCUUCUUUGCAGAGUGGAGUAGUCCGUGUUUUUGAGCAACCUGGCAUAGAAGCUCCAAGUGAUGAUGAUGACUUCAUUGAGGUGAGGUCAAAAAGGCAAAUGUUGAAUGAUCGCCGUGAGCAGAGAGAGAAGGAAAUUAAGGCCAAAGCUCGUGUUUCCAAGAUUCAAAGGAAAGAUCGUUCUACUUCACGCAAUAGUUUCUGCCUUGCCUCCUCAAACAAAGUUACUGUCGCUGGAGAAACAUCAAACGUAAUACGUUCAGGUGCUCUCAGGCAAGGAAAUGUACUGACAGAUGUUGAAAUUUCAGUAGGGUUCACUGCCCCUGUGGUGGCUCAGCAAUUACCUCCAAUUGGUACUCCUUCACUAAAAACUGAUGCUCCGGCACCGGCAGAUGUUAGGGCUCAGAAAAUCAAGCCCACUCAGUCGAGCUCUGUACUUCUUGUGCCAGACAAUGGAAAGAAACUAGUCUCUGGCUCAAUGUUUGAUGGAAAUGACAAGGUUCUAGAUAAUGGACAGGCAUCUUUGGGUUCUUGGGGCAAUCCACAACUUAAUCAGCAGGUUAUGGCUUUGACUCAAACUCAACUUGAUGAGGCUAUGCAGCCUGGACAGUUUGAUUCUGCUCCUUCUGUUGGAGAUCCUUCUAGUGCAAUGGAUGAGCCCAGCUUACCAUCAUCAUCAAUCUUGAGCAAAGAAAAACCAUUCUCUUCUUCUGCUGCUAGCCCCAUCAACUCGUUGCUCGCUGGGGAGAAAAUUCAAUUUGGUGCAGUUACAUCCCCUACAAUUCUACAUCCAAGCAGCCGUGCUAUUCUUCCUCCUGUGCCAUCUCGAUCGGACAUCCAGCUUUCUCACAACCUGUCUGCAGGAGAAAUUGACCGCUCUCUGUUCUUUGAAAAAGAAAAACUUUCUUCUAGCAAAGCCGGUGCUCAUUUGGAUGAGGGCAAAGCUGAAGCAGAAGCAGAGGCAGCUGCCUCAGCUGUUGCAGUUGCAGCCAUAAGCAAUGAUGAGACCGAUGGGAGUAGGUUAGGGUCUGGACCUGUAUCUGCCACGGACUCUAAGGUUUAUGGUGGAGUUGAUCUCAAUGGUGUACCUAGUGAUCAGCCAUCCACAAGUCAUUCUAGAGCUGAGGAUUCUCUUAGUGUGGCUCUUCCUGCAGAUCUAUCUGUUGAAAACCCUCCAAUAUCAUUUUGGCCAACACUACCCAGCCCUCACAAUUCUUCUUCAAGUCAGUUACUUUCUCAUGUUCCUGGUGGCCCCCAUCAUUUCCCGUUCUAUGAGAUGAAUCAUCCCAUGUUGGGUGGGCCCAUCUUUGCAUUCGGUCCACAUGACGAAUCUGCAACUCAGUCGCAGCAGUCCCAGAAGAGUAUUAAUGGGUCAGUUUCUGGUCCAGUAGGGACAUGGCAACAUCACUCUGGUGUGGAUUCAUUCUAUGGCCCACAUCCAGGAUUCUCUGGCCCGUUCAUAACUCCUCCCCCGGGGAGCAUUCCGGGUGUUCAGGGUGCACCACACAUGGUUGUCUACAAUCACUUUGCUCCAGUUGGGCAGUUUGGGCAAGUCGGGUUGAGUUUCAUGGGGACUACUUAUAUUCCAUCUGGGAAACAACCUGAUUGGAAGCAUAAUCCAGCUUCUUCUCCAAUGGGAGUCGGUGAAGCAGUAGACAUGAUUAACUUGAAUGCUGCUAUUUCAGCCCAGCGGAAUGCCAGCAACAAUAUGCUUCCUCCCAUCCAGCAUCUUGCCCCUGGCUCCCCUCUCAUGCCCAUGGGUUCCCCAUUGGCCUUGUUUGACGUAUCCCCUUUCCAGUCAUCACCUGAUAUGCCAGGCCAGGCUCGUUGGUCGCAUGCUCCAUCAUCAACGCUUCAAUCUGCUACAGUAUCGGCACCAUUGCAGCAUUCCCAGACAGAAGCUGUGCUUCCCCCUCAGUUUUCCCGUGGACCUGCAGUCGACCAAUCACUGGCCAGCAACAGAUUCACUGAAUCACACCAGCAACAGCAGCAGCAGCCAGCCUCAGAUAACGGCAGGAACUUGACUGAUUCUGCAACAACCACACGGCUGCCAGAAGUACGCGGGACAAGUGCUGGCAAUUCUUCAACGCAGGCCACCGUGACCAAGAUCUCGUCAGAUGGUGGGAAGACGGAUGGUGUUAAGAAUAACAACAGCACUGUUGGGCCAAACUUCAAGCCCCAGCAGCCUCAUCAGAAGAAUACGUCGUAUGGGGGUGGCUCAUCUGGGUAUAACAACUAUCAGAGGGGCGGUGGAGUUUCGCAGAAGAGUAGCUCUGGGGGAGAAUGGUCUCAUCAGCGAAGAAUGGGAUACCAAGGAAGGAGUAAUCAAUCUCUUGGCACGGAGAAGAGCUAUCCUUCGAAGAUGAAGCAGAUUUAUGUGGCCAAGCAGACUUCAACAACGACGACGGGGACUUCGUCGAAUGGAAGCAGUUGAGGUUGAGACUUGCUGGGGGCUUACGUAACAAUUGUUAGUGAGUUUUUGCUUGGUUCUGUAAUGUUUUUUUUUUUUGGGCAUUCCGAGUGGUGUGGUAUUACACCCAGUCAAAAGAAAAGAAGGCCUAGGGGCCUUUGCAAAACGCAACAUGUUUUAGGAAUUCUUUAGGAAGAGAAGAGAGAAGUGUAGUUGCAUAAGGGUAGGAAUGCCAGGUGUUGUUUUCCUCAAUUGGGGUUUGGGUUCCAGUUUUGUGUAUCAUCAUUCUUGGGCUUGUGAUGAGCAACCUAAUUGUAAUUUUGCUUCUUGGGGUUCUUGGUUAUGAGAUAGUUAACCCUCCCGCGCCUUGGUAGAUUCUCUCGUUCUACUCUAAAUUUAGGAAGAAUGACAAUAUGCUAUAAUUUGCGCGGUUUAUGAAAUAAGUAGCACGAAGGAAGUCGUGAAAUUGGUUGACGCCAUAACUAUCUAUCCCAUAUCAGACAUUCCCUAGGUGAGCCCGCUGCAUACAAACAAACAAGGGUAUCUUAU